AUGGCCUCCAGGAACGUAGUAAUAGGACUGAUGUUGUUAUCACAGACUGCUGUUGGAAUUCUGGGAAAUCUCUUUCAGCUUUAUUACUAUCUAGUUCUUUCCUGUAAUGAGCACCCCUUAAGGUCCACUGAUCUGAUUCUCAAGCACCUGAGUGUAGCCAAUGCCCUCAUCAUUCUCACUAAUGGUGUUCCCAGGACAAUGGCAGCUUUUUCUUUGAAAUAUUUCUUCAGUGAUUUUGUAUGUGAACUUAUUUUGUACAUUCAGCGAGUGGGCAGGAGUGUGUCCAUUGGCAUCACCUGCCUCUUGAGCGUCAUCCAGAACAUCACAGUGAGCCCCAUGAACUCCUGUUGGAACAACAUCAAAAGAAAAGCCCCAAAGCACAUUGGCUUCUCCAUUUCCCUCUGCUGGAUCCUGUACAUGGUGGUGCAUUCCAUUUUCUCUCUCUAUGUGGUUGGAAAACAGAGGAGUGAAAACCUGACAAAGCAAAGAUAUUUGAGGUACUGUUCUUCUGCAGGUCAUGACAAAAUCACAGAAACAUUAUAUGCAGCAUUGUGUGUAUUUCCUGAAGUGGUAUUUUCCAUGCUCAUAAUCUGGUCCAGUGGCUCCAUGAUUCUUCUUCUGCACAGGCACAAGCGGAGGGUUCAGCACAUUCACAGCAUCAAAGUUUCCUCCAGGUACUGCCCUGAGUCAAGAGCCACCAAGAGAAUCCUUGUUCUUGUGUGCACCUUUGUGAGUUUCCACACCCUCUCCUCCAUAUUGCAUGUUUGUAUAACGUUUCAUUUUAAUCCCAGUUGGUGGUUGGUGAACAUCAAUGCACUGAUCUCCCUGUGCUUUCCCACUGGCAGCCCCUUUCUUUUCAGUAGACAUGACUCCGUUCUAUCCAGGCUCUGCUUUUAA